AUGGUUACAUAUAAGGAGACAGAUGAUUCAUCAAAGGUUAUAAAUCAAGAUUUUGUUCACCGAACAAUGCUAACAGAAUUUUUUAGAAUGAAUAUUUCAAAUGAAAAGGCAAAAACUCUGCUGUAUAAAGAUUUUCCAACCUAUUUCGUAUGGGAUACAUCCAUGCGAAUUUGGACGCUUAGAAAAAGCAAAAAUGUUAUUGGUAGAAUAGUCAGUGCUAAUCCAUGUGAAGGUGAGAUGUAUUUUUUAAGAGUUUUGCUAAAUCAUAUUAGAGGGCCAAAAUCAUUUGAAGAUUUAAAAACAGUCAAUGGUGUUGUUUUAUCUACUUAUUGUGAAGCAGCAUUUUUCCGUGGUCUUCUUAGUGGAAAUAACUAUUCUGAGAUGUGUUUAUCUGAGGUAGUUGCUUACCAAAUACCCGUAUCAUUGCGACGACUAUUUGCCAAUGCAUUAAAUUUUGAUUUAAUUGUGAAUGAUGAUGAUAUCUUUGAAAUCAUGAUUGCUGAAGAAACAACUAAUAUUAAUUUUCAGUCAGACAUACAUUAUAGUGAGAGUUUAAAUAAAAAGCAACAAAAUGCCUAUGAUAUUAUUUUGGAUUGUGUUUUAAAUGAUAAGAAUGGAAUGUUUUUUAUUGAUGGUCCAAGAGGCACUGGAAAACUAUAUUUGUACAAGGCAUUACUUUUUGGUAUACGAUCUCGAAAUUUUAUCGCACUAGCAACGACAUCAUCAAGUGUGGCUGCAUCUCUAUUACUAGCUAGUAGAACAGGACAUUCAAGAUUCAAAAUUUCACUUGAAGUAAGUUGUGAUAUGCGCUGUUCGGUAAGUAAACAGUCUGCGCUUGAUAAACUUUUAGCAUUGGCUGGGCUAAUAAUUUGGGAUGAAACAUCAAUGAUUCAUAAAUAUGCUUUUGAGGCUUUAGAUAAAAUGUUGAGAGAUAUUACUGAAUGUCAAUUACCAUUUGGUAGAAAAGUCAUUGUGUGUGGAUGA